AUGCAAGCGCUUCAUCUUCCUGGUGUGCCACUACAGGAAACACCCGCUUUCACCUAUCCACACAAGAAACCUCCGCCAUCAGUUUUGGUGUUUUCUUCUGCCAACUUUCCAGAGCCUCCAGAGCCUCAACCCCGAUCCACAGGCUCAGAAUCAGACCCGCCCUCCCAAUCGACACCAGCUUACCUUAUUCGCGUUUUGACAACCGCACUCACACGCGGGGAAUUAACGUGGCCUGAGACUCUUGAACCCUCCCGCUUUCACCCGUAUGGCUCUGCCAUACCGGGUCACGACGUCGUUGGCAUCAUCCAGAAGGUGUACCCAUCUCCGUCUACUAGCCAAUCACCCAAAUUCAAUGUAGGAGACAAAGUCUGGGCACUCAUCGACUUUGACCGCGACGGAGCGGCAGCGACGUUGACCGUGGCGCAUGAGAGCGAACUGAGCCUCAUCCCCGACCGACCCUCAACAUCUACUGUCCUUGUGUCACGAUGGGACGAACUUCUAGCCACCGUCCCACUCUCAGGCCUGACAGCCUAUCAAGCCAUGUUCAUCCACGGAGGCCUCCCACGAUCAUCCCUCAACGUUACGCCAUCUCCAUCGCACUCUCCCUCGUCGGACAAAUCCUACCGUAUCCUCGUCCUAGGCGCCGCAGGCUCAGUCGGCGUCCCAGCUCUAUCACUCGCACAUUCUGCAGGCUUCCACGUCACGGCAGUGUGCAGCUCACCCAUGCUGUCAUUCGUAUCUGAAACUCUUCAUGCAGAAAAUGUCAUCCAAUACCCAUCUCCGGAUUUUACAUCCAUCCCUGACAUCUUCACCAAACUCUCCCUCGAGCCUGUGGAUUUAGUGCUUGAUUGUACAGGCGCCACACUUCUGCUUCCCAUUUUGUCUCACCCGAAGCCAGUCAUUCGUGAAAAAGGUAGGGUCGUCACGAUCGUUGCUCCUGUCGAGGAUAUGGUUAAAGCCGCAUCGGCACCUCAAACCCCGCACGUCCCGGAUAUUCCAACAAAGUUCUUCAUUGUUCGCCCGUCUGGAUCGGAUUUAGAUAUUUUGGGCAAGCUUAUUGCUCAGGAUCGACUACAGAUGCAUACAGACAAGGUCUUUGAGUUGGAACAAGGUCGUGAGGCGAUGGAGUUGGUAGAGAGUCGUGGGAGGAGGAAUGCAGGCAAGGUCGUGAUCAGAGUUGCGGAGGAGUGAUGGACGAGGGUUUCUACGGCUUUCUACGUAGCCGAUCCAUUCGCUCUGCAGGAAAUUGCUCAAGUGUGCACAACUGUCCAGAGUUGGACCUCGAGCGUUUGAUCAUG